AACCCCAUUCCGCCGCUCUUCAGCCACUGUAGCCAACCUCCGCAUCAAUCAUGGUACGCCUCCGUCGCCUUGUCCGACCCUCUUUCCAUCGUGCUGACCACUACACAGGGUGCGAACCAGUCUGGCCUCGGAGGCGGUCCUCCCGGUCAGGGAGGCGAUAACAAGGACAAGAAGGAUCCCAAGAAGGACAAGCCCAAGUACGAGCCUCCGCCACAGCCCACCACUCGCAUUGGCCGCAAGAAGAGAAAGCAGGCCGGUCCGAAUGCCGCCGCCAAACUCCCCAACAUCUACCCGACCGCCCGCUGCAAGCUCCGAUACCUGCGCAUGCAGCGCAUCCACGACCAUCUGUUGCUAGAGGAGGAAUACGUCGAGAACCAGGAGAGACUGCGCAAGGCUAGAGCUGCAACCGCUCAACAGCCUUCGUCCGCCCCUGCUGACAGCGAUGCUCUGGACCGCAACGCCGACGAGAGAAGCCGCGUUGACGAUAUGAGAGGCAGCCCCAUGGGCGUCGGAAACCUCGAGGAGCUCAUCGACGACGACCACGCCAUCGUUUCGUCUGCCACUGGUCCUGAAUACUACGUCAGCAUCAUGUCCUUUGUCGACAAGGACUUGCUUGAGCCUGGCGCCAGCGUUCUUCUGCAUCACAAAUCCGUCUCGGUCGUUGGUGUCUUGACAGACGAUGCCGACCCUCUCGUCUCGGUCAUGAAGCUCGACAAGGCCCCUACCGAAUCAUAUGCCGACAUUGGUGGUCUGGAACAGCAGAUUCAAGAAGUUCGUGAAGCUGUCGAAUUGCCCCUGCUUCAUCCCGAGCUCGCUACCUUCUUGCGUAUCGUCGGUAGUGAAUUGAUCCAGAAAUACUUGGGUGAUGGUCCUAGACUCGUCAGACAGCUCUUCCAGGUCGCCGCUGAGCAUGCACCCAGCAUCGUCUUCAUCGACGAGAUCGAUGCCGUUGGUACCAAGCGUUACGAGUCCACUUCUGGUGGUGAGCGUGAGAUUCAACGUACUAUGCUUGAGCUUCUGAACCAGCUUGAUGGUUUCGACGAUCGUGGUGAUGUCAAGGUCAUCAUGGCAACCAACAAGAUCGACACUUUGGAUCCUGCUCUUAUCAGACCUGGUCGUAUCGACCGCAAGAUUCUGUUCGAGAAUCCAGACCAAAACACCAAACGCAAGAUCUUCACCCUCCAUACAUCCAAGAUGUCUCUGGCCGAAGAUGUUGACCUUGAAGAGUUUAUCAACCAGAAGGAUGAUCUUUCAGGCGCUGAUAUCCGUGCCAUGUGCAGUGAAGCCGGUCUCAUGGCACUGAGAGAGCGCAGAAUGAGAGUGAACAUGGCCGACUUCAGACAGGCGCGAGAGAGCGUGCUCAAGACCAAGAGCGAGGGCGAGCCCGAGGGUCUUUACUUGUAG